AUCAACGUAGGGCCACCUUCGUUUGAUCGAUAAACUCUUUCAAAGUUAUUUUUCGGUAUAAACUUCGGUCGCUACUAAAUUGACGCGUCGAGGAGUAGGUCGAAGAAAAAUCAUUCGAGCGUGCACGCUGCGAUAAUUAUAAAUAAACGUUGCGACGAAACAAGGUGUACUUUUUAUCGUCGGUAUGUGCGAUCGAUCGAAAUGGAAGCCGAGGUCGUAUUGUUACUCCACGAAGAAGAUAAAAUCCGUUCCGAGAACAAAGUGGGAACGUGAAAUCACGUCGGACGAAGAUUAUUGGCGGCAAUACGUUCGCGAGAAAGAGAAAAAUCUGAUAGUAAGAGAUUCCCAUCCAAACUUAACCCGUUUCCCUUCGGUCCAAAGAUAUCCUCGAACUUUGUGUCGUGGGAUUCGUAAUAACGUAGACGCGAAUAAUAUCGACGAAUCGAUUGGUAACGAAAGAAAACCUCUCGUAGAAUCCUUAACGAAUGUUCCAUCUUAUAGGUUAAGCUCGUUUACCGAAGAGAACGAUUUCGCGAAUAUUAGAGAGCCCGUGGUUACGGUCCUUCCUCCUGCGCCAUCGAAACGACCUACUAAAACAUUUAGUACGCGCAAAGAGGAGCGCAAGAGAGCUCUUGCCGAAGAUAUAUCGUUUCGAAAAGAAUUUUCCUCUCUUGUUCGUGUAAACGUUCGUAAUGCUUCGAGGGAGCAGGCGAAAGUUGACGAAACUCGUUCGAGAGAAGAUCCUUCCUUUCGCGAAAACGAUCGCCCGAAUGGCGAGAAGUCGUCGAGGAGUCGAACCGACGAGACUCUUUUAAAGGCCGCGAAUAAAAACUACUUAGAAUCGCCCGACGAUCGAGAAGCUUUUACUUUCGACGACAUCGACGUUAACUCGGAUUUAGAAAAUAAGUCCAAUUACCCGAUAUGCGCGCUAAAGAAACGUACCGAAGGAAACAAAGGAUCCUCGACCGACGACGACUUUUCAAAAUAUUUCGUUCGAUCUGCUCGCGAAGCCUUGAAACGCGUGACGAAACAUUCGCGUUCCGCGAAUCGGGAAGUAAACAAAACGACGAAGAAGGUCGCAAGAAAGGGGCGUUCGGAGAAAUAUGAAAAAGAGUUUAUAAACGUUUCCUCGAUCUCGUUGAAACCGCUAUUUAGUUUCGAUCGCGUCGAAGAAGAUGUCGGAGACGAUUCGCCGCGUACGAGUCUAACGGCGGAUUUUCUAAACGGAUUACCAAAGAUGUCGCAUUUUCCACGAAAGAAACGCGAUCGAUGUCUCUCGUGUUUAUAUAAAUCCCUCGAGGAGAUCGGCGCGUCCUCGAGAAAGGACGCGUACGAGAGGAGGAAGGGCCGGGAGGAAGAGGGGAAGCAGCAUCGGCGAGACGUAUCCGUCGAGCGCGAGAGCAAUGGCGACGUUAGUUCCGACGAGUUCGAAGACGAACGAAAUCGGAGUGAUUUCGGCGCGCGCGAGAAGGUUGGAUUCGCGAUGGAGCGUAGCGGCGAAUGCAGCGAUAUCGCGGAGGAAAAGAAAUUGGGCUUGCCGAGUGCAGAAGAAGGAGCCGAAAGAGGGAAGACGUCCGUCGAUCGAGUUACGGAGACGGAAGGACGCCUGCCAGUUCCGGAAUUGGAAUCAACGUGUCCAGAAGGUAAGAGGAUCGCUUUCAAAUCCAUCUCCGCGUCGUCGAGAGGUACCUCUGAUUCGGACGAGGACGACUCGAGCGUCGAUUUGAUCGAGUAUUCGUCGACGAAAUCGAAGCACAGACCGGCCUGUCACGCACCGACCAUUUUGUCUCACACCUUGGAGCCUCUCAGAGCGUUGAGAUCGAGAAAGUCGACGAGCGUGCAAGCACGCGUGGCUCUCGACGAAUCGACCGAAUCGCCGAAGAUCGUGGCCGACGGGAAGAGUCGCGAGAUCGCGUCGAAAGGAACGGGCCAAAAGGCGACCCUGACGGAUACGAAGAGAGGGAAGGAGCAGGGUGAUUCGAAGCGGGUUAAAAAAUUGACCAAAGUCGAAUCGGUUUCGGAGAAUCUGAUCACCGAUGUCGAAGUCAACGAAGCGAAGGAAAAAUCUCUGUUCGCGAGGAGCUCCAGUUGUAGAGAUUUCGAGCGGAUUUUAAGGGAUUCUACGAAAGGUACGGAGCUAGCGUCGCCGCCGGGCUUGUGCUCGUUGGCCGAGGACGGACCGUUUCGUUGUUUGUUUUCGAAAGGGGAGAUCGAGGAGACGUUAAGAGAUUUGGAGGAACGUGAGGCAUCGCCGACGUUCGCGUUGUCCGCUCUUUGCGACAUGUUUUUAAAUCGAAUAUCAGAGUCGAGCGAUAAGCGAGAUAGGAGGCGCGAUAACGUAGCGAAACGCUUGGUGAAAUUAUUGGUAGAAUCGAGACGUUAUUCGAAUCCUGACAAGUUCCCGUCUGACCUGAUAUUUUCCUCGAAACAGCGACCGUUGUUGACCUGUCAGCGAUUAAGGAGCAUCCUACCCCUCGAUUCUUACAAUCUGAUCGCACCUUUGCUGGGAAUACCCGAAUACCACCCGAGGUUCUCCUCCAUUCACGAGAAACUCAAACCGGCGAAGAAACCAUCCGACAAAUCGGAUUCGCUUCCGGAUAUUCUGGACGAUCUAAUCGUACAUCCGCCGUCUUCGAGGGACAGCGCGAUCUCGUCCGAAACGAUCGAGACGACCCGAUACAAUCCUUACGGACUUUUCCUGCGGAAAGAGAGACGCAAGGCUGUCGUUUGGCGUCCCUUGACGGAAUUCGACUUAAAGGGCUACGAUCCGCAAGCCACUCUUCGCAUGAGGGCCGACAAGAUUACCACGGACAUAUGUAAGGAAUUUUGCGAUUGGUUGAGGAGCUUAGGAGGCUUCGAAAGAGGCAUCGACGAGAGGAUUCUCAAGGACAUGUUCGAAAUUAGUUUUUCAGCGGACGCGUGUAAAACGACUCAAGUCAAUGUGAAAGAGAUGGCUACCGUUCCGACGGACGUGGCAUUGGCGAGAAUGUGUCACGAGGCGAGCGUAUUGGCAACGACGAGGAAACAACUCGAGAGGGAUGCCAAGGCUGAAAGCAGACCCAAACGCACCUUGGCAUUUGGCACGUCGAUGCCGAUCGAUCUGUUGUUCGUACCGCCUACCAAUCGCGUUCGAGAAAGGUGGCUCGAAUGUAAAAACGUGCCUCGAGAACUCGAAACGAUGGACAUAGUUUGGAACGGGAUAACUCAUUUGGAGAGCGUGCAAGCUUUCGUAAAGUGGUUACACAGGCACCCGGAGGUUAGCCCACCUAAAGUAUUCAAACGUGCCGUACUUCCGAAAGACGUCCGAAAGUUCGUCAAGAAAAGACACGCGGAGAUGUAAGGACGAAUCUCUCGACGUCAGCGCACGACAACACCGAACGUAAAUUUAUGUCGGAUCACUUAACGUUUGGAGAUAUCUAAUCGAUUUACAAUACAACGAAGAAAAUGUCUCUGGAUGGGAUACCGUGUAAUCAACGGUUUAGCUCGGAUUUUCUACGCGCAAACACGAGCAGGCGUGCCAACCAAUAAUACCGUUCGAUGACACGAUACCAAACGCCCGUUUCGUGUAUGUGGCGUACGGUUAACCCCUAAAGCCAACGCAGUACCUCGAAUCGGGGACGAAAAGUUUACGAGCGCGAAACCAUAGCGUUGAUUUGCCUAUUCGCCAAAAACUAUCAUAAACGGUGACGUUCUCUCGCGGUCGGUGUAACUGAUCUAUCGCUUUCUUUUAUCCGUUUUUUAUUUAUUUAUUUAUUUAUUUUUUUUUUUCAUAGAUCCUCUCCGUCGCCAUCGAACGCUUUAAAUAUAUCUCGAGAAUCGUUCGUCGAAGGGUAUUAACGGAGAAUCUUUCACGUUAGACGUGCAACUUAUCAUGGAUCGUCGUUAAGCGCGCCGACGAUAAUGACGUAGGACUCCCGACCGUAAGAAAUAUCAAAAAACGUAACGUAAAGCCAAACUCGACUCGCAGCAUCUGCUUACGACAGAAACACGUCCGGGAUAUCGCCCUCUCUAUCGUUGGUUUCAAACCCGAGGCGAAUAAGGAGAAAAUAAAUAAAAAAGAAGAAAGGAGAACUCUUUUCUUCCUCUCUCCCUCUCUCUCUCUCUCUCUCUCUCUCUUUGGAAGGCUUCGUCCACCUUCUCGGUUUCGUUUCUCUCCUAGCAAAUAAUUUCGUGAUAACGAGCAUCGAAUCGAUGUCGCACGCUUCUUAUUCGUGCUACCAACUCGAGAAUAAAGAUUUUCAAAAUUUUUUAAACUUUCCACGAGACGAUAUAGAAGAGGGUAAUGGGUAUAAAACUUGGACGAUUUGUUGAAGGACGAAAGUAAUCUUGUGAAAAAUAGAGGCUCUUGCCGAAAUAUGAUAAAACGCCGAAACGAAAAGGUUCGAGACGAAGGAGAAGGAUGUGUUCCGCUCGCUGUUCCUUCGUCGUUGUUACGCGCAAACACGUGGAAAAAUCUAGGCGCUCACCGCAAAGACAGCCCUCGACGUUCCUCCGCCACGUUCAAUCCUUUCCCUCGCGUUAAUUGAGCUAAAAAGAUGAAAAAAGAGCGUCGCCGUACGUUUGCCUGCGUGCUCGGCUAUUCGUUAUUCGCGCAGCUCUUUAUUCUUUCUUUCCCAGGAAUUUCCCACGAGGCCAGCGGCCUUUUCUCUCUCUCUCUCUCUCUCUCUCUCUCUCUC